AAAGAUAAAGAGAGAAAACGCCUAAGAAGAACGUCCCCUUUUCCUUAAUUACAUUUUACAUUCUCACGCAACGCAUGCUCCUUUUCAGCCAUCUGCCGGAACACCGAUCGGAGAACGUUGCUCCCGCUGUUUCUAAUAAUCGCGCGACGGCGAUAUCGAUUGAUAUCGAUGUCGAUGGUCGCGCGCGCAUAGUCGACGGGCGAUGACAGGCAGCGCGGAUCAGCAGCAAAGAUGGCGCUGAUCUGUGUUAUGUCAGAUUUUUAAAAUUGAUUUGAACUCCGUCGGGGCCCUUUUCUGUCCACGACACGAGGACGACACGGAAAGACUGGAUCCAUCCGCUGGCGUUUCUCACGCCACGCCGCGAUCGUGUCGCGACCGACGAGCGGUGUCGGGUGGCGAUGACCGCGGUGAGUCACGUGUAAUAUCGCGCGUAGCGUUUCGCACCUAACCUAGGUCGCCCGUUGAACCUUGAACCGUUUUGUCGGGCUUGUCCAUUCUCCCCAUGGGACACCGCGAGUCCGCGACGAGGUGAUCGCCGACUGGAACGCGCCGUCGAAGGGGGAGAAAGAGGAAGGAGAGAGGACGAGUUCCGGUGCCGCGCCGAGCCUCUGGUUCCGGACGAGCUCGGCCCAUCUCGCCGACCGUCGCCGGCGGUGACACGUUCGAUUGGAUGCGGCUGAGAGAUGCCGAAGAUAAGGAUCAAGCAGACGCCGAACAGUCUCUGGUUAAGGCAACGCGAGCUGGGUGUCAGGUUCCCGCUGGGCCACAGCGACGACUUCCACAGGACUCUCUACUCCUCCGUACAGCCCACCACCUCGUGGGACCACGGGGACAAUCUGACCGCCGCCAGGCACGGCGGCGUCUUCAACUUGGAGUACUCGCCAGACGGGUCCCUCCUGCUGGCGGCAUGCGAGAAGAAGAGUAUUUUAAUGUUUGACCCGUUAUGUAGGAAGUUGAUACAUGCGAUAGAUAACGCUCACAAUGACUGCGUCAAUUGUGUAAGGUUUCUGGACCAGCGUAUGUUCGCCACUUGUUCGGACGACAGUACGGUCGCUUUGUGGGACGCCAGGAACUUGAAGCAAAGGAUAAGGACUCUUCAGGGACACUCCAAUUGGGUUAAGAACAUAGAGUACAGUCCGAGCGACAGCUUAUUGCUGACCAGUGGCUUCGACGGUAGCAUAUAUACUUGGGAUAUCAAUAGUUUUACAGAAAAUAGCUUUGUGUACAAUCGUGUGUUUCAUACGAAUGGACUAAUGCGAACGAGACUUACUCCCGACACUAGCAAAAUGUUAAUAUGCACCACUUCAGGAUAUCUCAUCAUAAUCCAUAAUCUCAAGCUCAGUACGCUAAGUCAGGAUUUGGCGGGAUUCAAGCCAAAUAUGUACAGACUGAUGCAGUUGUCCCAAACCACCAUACCUAUCGCGGCGUGUUACACACACCUUUUUGCUCACACUCGUACCCAUAAUCGGGUAGAGUUCCUCACCGAUUUCCCCGCAGGCGACGACGCCGAGGUGAUAUCGAGCCUGCAAGUUCACCCGCAGGGAUGGUGCGCCUUGUCCCGAAACGUCAGCAGCGGUGAAAAAUCCGAGUGGACCUGCAUUCACGACAUACAAGAACGCGAGGCGUCCAGCAAUGUGGAGCAGGUGAACGAGGGUGAGAAGGGCCGCCUGACGAGACUGAACGUGGACGAGUUCGAGGACUUUCCUCAGUCGCAAUCGUCGCGCUCUGGUAUGACGUCUUCCUUCCUGAUAGAAAAUAGGAAUCGCGCCCGGAUAGUGCAAGACGUAAGGUCCAAUUCAUUCGACUCGCCUAUCCACGUGUCCGCGGACGCGGCGCCGUCGUCGAUUAGGUCGUCGCUGACGAGCUGGCAGGUAAUAGCGCGUAGAAAUCUGCGAUCCCAAUCGAGAGUUCCGCGCCUGGAUAGAAACGCGCUGAGAACGAGCCUCAACAUGGUCGAGGUGAAUUCGAGCACGAGCGCCGCCGCCGCCGACUCCAGGAUAAACGCGAUUCACGACGACGACGGUCGAGCAGAGGACCGGCAUGUCGACGAUAACGACAGUGCGCACGACGCGUCCGAGGAGAACGAUUAUAGAUCUCCCAGACCACACUCUCAGCUCGACGACUUGCGGCGGCGUAACAUGAUCGACAAUUUCACCAGCGGCAACGUGCAGCUGCACGUAAGCACGUCGGACGUGUGGGAGGCGCUCGUGGCAAUCAGGGAGGCCCGACUUCGUAGGGAACGGGAGAGACAGUUUUAUCCCGCCGCCGAGAGAAGGGACUGGCUACCCAGGUCGAAUAACGGCGUGAGCGUGAAUCUCCCUCGGUCGUCCCACACGGUCGUGAUAAUCGGCGACCGUACUCGGGUGCAGAAUCUGCAGAACCAGCAAAACUUCCAGACCACGUACGCGAUACCGCGGAACCACGAGAUCCACCAGAACACACCCAGAUUGACGCAUUAUAUCGAGGAGCCCAAUGUCGGCUCCGGUUACAUCAAGGAACUGUGUUUCUCGGCCGACGGUAGAUUGAUAUGCUCGCCGUUCGGUUAUGGCGUACGAUUGCUGGCGUUCUCCAGCGAUUGCGCCGAGCUGUCUAAUUGUGUUCCACCCGCCAACGAGUCUAUGCAGCUCCACGAGUUAGCGACACACAUUGGCCAUUCCGAUAUUGUUGUUAGCACGAAAUUCUCACCUAAGCACUACCUGCUUGUGUCCGGUUGCCUCAGCGGCAAGAUCGUCUGGCACCAGCCGGUGGUUUAGCUAAAUAGAUAAUUUGCUCUAGGCACUUUGUUAUUUUUUCAUUGAUAGGUCUCUUGGUAGGUAGAUAUAUUUUUGCCGCUUUGUAUACAAGAUCACGCUCAUUAUGCAACAUAUGUGAGGAUCUUUUUGUUAAUAUUAUAUAAUUUAUAUGAUUAUAUAUAUAUAUGAAAUUAUAUACAUAUAAU